AUGGAGAUGGAGAUGGAGGGGCGCGGAAACGGUCACGCAAGGCCCACACGAAAAGUCGGCGGGGCUGUAACAAUUGCAAACUUCGCAAAGGUGGGCACCCUCAGCACGGCCAGGCGGUGUUCAUAUGGCGUCUUCUGUGACUAUGAGACGCACUCAUCCGAGCUGCACUUCUCGGGCACGGCAUCGUUCCAGCUUGAGGUGCAGAAGCCACAGCAGACCGAAUCGCCACCUGCAUUCAAUGCUGAAGAACUCAUCGAUUCCAUGAUGGACGCUCCCCUUGCCCUCUUCGUGGAGGGUGACACCCCUGACGUCUGCUAUCUUGACAAGGCCCAUCUCUCUCUCCUUCGCAAGUUCCACGAUCGCUCGGUCUUGACCAUCGGGACUCCAAACUCCAUACACGUAUACCAAAGGGUCCUGACCCAAAUGGCUUCGAAACAUUCCUUUGUCUUGCAUGCGGUUCUGCGCUUCACCCUUUUACACGAUCGAUAUCUUUAUGAUCCUCUUGGGACGAGUCCAUCUGCCGCCGAAGCCUUUCAUGGCUACCACGCCGCAGCACUGUUCAGCCAAGUACUUUCGGAGAGCUCCCACUCCAACGAUGUGAAGGAUGCUCUUUGGGGGACGUCUGCUCUGCUCGGCGCGGGUAGCUUUGCGGCAUUCGAAGGAAUCUCUGCCGCGGAAGCAUGGCCACUGAAGCCCCCGAGCGUCUCGGACCUGGACUGGCUCAAGAUGAGCGAGGGCAAGAAUGCAGUCUGGCGAUUGGCCAAUCCAACAAGGGAUGACAGUCAAUUUCGAGACGUGAUUGAGGCAGAGUUGCGCAAGCAGAAUAGUAUCCCUCUCCAGUGUGUAGGCCCAGCAGUGGAUGGAUUUCGUGCCCAUUGUGCUCAUUUGAUGGAAGCCGGUGAGGACAGCCCAUAUUUCCAGGCAGCCUCAAUCCUCGAGCGACUAGCGCCUAUGCAGUGCUCGCAUGAGACAGCAAUCUGGUUUCUCUCCUUCGUCGGUCAUAUGGAUCCCGCGUACAUGCAGCUUGUGGCGGCCAAAGACUCAACGGCGUUGGUGUUGUUGGCGUGGUGGUUUGCAAAGCUUCUGGAGUACAAUGUCUGGUGGGUCAGUCGGCGAUGUCGGUUUGAGUGUCAAGCGAUCUGCGUCUUUCUGAACGAGAAGUUGCCGCAAGAAGAUGUCAUCAGGGAUCUGCUGGAAUUCCCGCGAAGCGUGUCUCACGGCGCUUCAAGAAAACCAGUGGCAAACGUUGGCUGA